CUUCGUGGUUACACACUUGCUGCUUUUUGUAUUUAAAUGUAUACCAUCAUGCCCUGUCUAUAAUUUAAAUCUUCAUCUGGCAGUAUGUCAGAGAAAAAGCUUUGUCCAUAUGGGAAUGACUUUAACCUGGCUAUUGUUCAGUUGACAUCAUUUGAUACAGAACAUAACAUCCUUAGGAAUGUUUUAUGUGUUAAUGUUGACUGUACUUUAGGAAGCAGGAAAAGAAGUAAUAUGAUUGUCUCAUCUAUUGUAUUAAUACUGUGAUUCCUAGAAAGAUGAAGCUAGAAAAGUGACAGUGCUUUCCUGUGUAUGUGGCAUUGCUGGCUUUACAGUAAGGAAAACUUUUAUCAUCUACCAUUAACCCAGCUUUUUCCCACUGAUGGGUGAUGUAUUUUAUUCAGAAGAAGAAUACCCAAGGUUUUUCCUGCAGAGUGAAAAUCCAUUUUUGAUCCUCAAUGUCAUCCAGAAAUGACACUGUGUUCAACGGCAUGGUAUUAUAAUCCCAUGUUCUUAUCUAUUUUCUGCUGGAAAAAUCACAGGCACCAGGGUAGCUGAGCUGAAGGGAAAGUAUAUCCUGCUGCAUAAGACUGUGAUAAGACUUUCUUACAGUGAUUAUUCAUGAAGAGGAAGCAAGAAUGCAAGGUUGAAAAACAUUAUUUAAUAGGAAGAUUCAAGUUUACAGGAAUCUGAGAUCCAGCUGUUGCAGGAAGCCAAACGUCUUAGUGUAGAACUGGAACAACAACAACAUGAACUGGAAAAAGCAGAACAGUUCCCUGAAGAAUCCUCCAGUGAAGUUUCCCGAAUAAGGCAACAACUGCUUAGUUGCCAGAAUGAAUACAAUGCUAUUAAAGAAAGAGAGUAUGAAGUUCAGUUCAAGAUGGAAUGUUUGCAAGAAGAAAAAAGGCUUCUGAAGAAUGAAUAUGAAAGAAUUCCAAAACAAAGGGAAGCAGAUAAGAAAAUUAAACAGCUAAAAGAAAAUUGUGAUGAGCUCUGCAAAGAAGUAAUCCAGAGAAAAGCAGAAAUUAAUGCGAUAAAGGAAGAUAUUUCAUCCAAGCAAAAGUUGAUAUUAAUAGACAAGAAAGAAGUGGAGAAGCUUCUGGAGAAGCAGGCUAAUUUAAAAGAUGAGCUAGUUAAGAUCCUUGGUGUUCCAGCACAACUUGGAAAAGAAACUGAGAAGAUAAAUCGGAAAAAAGGUGAUGCAGAGAACAAGAAAGAAGCCCUUAAUCACCAAAUAGAAGAGUUGAACGGUACCCUGAAAGCCAUUGAAAAAAGAACUGAAGAGAUUUUGCAAGAAAGAGAAGAUGUAAUGAAGGAAUUAGAUGGGAAACAAAUUUUGCUUGAAACCAAAGAACAAGAAUGCAUUACUUUGACAAAAUUACUAGAAAUUAGCAGAGAGAAGGAAUCAGCGGUCCUAUCAGACAGAGAAGCUCUGGAAGAAAAUUUAAAUAAAUGUGUCUUGGAGAAAAAAAAGCAACAUGAUAUUCUCAUUCACAAGCAAACACAGAAAGAUAGAGAACUGAGAAACUUAAAAAAGACGGAGUUACAACUGAAUGUGAUUUAUGAUUCCUUGGAACAAGAUAAGUCAUGGCAUAAAAGACUCAAAUUAGAGGCAGAAGCCAUCCCUAAAAGUAACGGAGUAUUAUUAGAAAGACGACGAGAACUGCAGAAGGAAAUUGAAAAGACCAAGAGAAGUUUAGCUGAACAGGAAAUGAUAUCAGAAAUGGAUGCCCGCAUGUUAGAAGAAUGUAUUGCUGAAGAAGGCCGGCUUUUCAAAGAGCAGGAAAAAUGCAGAGAUGAGUUAUCCAGACUUGCACAUCUGACUUGGCUCAAAGUUGAAGAGAAGGAACAUAAAUCUAGGGAUGUUCAGAAAGCCCAGAUACAACUCCAAAAUACUAUUAAAGAAAUAAAAAAAAAGGAUCUUGAAAUAAGAGAGUAUAAAAAGAGGAAAAGAGAAAUCCAAAAACGACUCCAAGGAUUUGCUAAAAUGUAUGAUGUUAUCCAAAAUGAAAGGAAUAAAUGUAUGAAUUUGGUGCAUGCUGCUCAGCAGAAAGCAAGUGAAAUGAAAAACCGGAUAAAAUCACUAGGAAAUGAAAUAGAAAAUUUAAGGAAUACUGUUAUAACCAAGGAAAGAAAAUUGCAGAAACAACAUCUGAAGAAUACAAAUAAUGUAGCAAUUACAGAAAGUCUCAAAAGUGAUUAUUGCAGAAUUGUACAAAUCAUGCAUGAGAUGAAAGAAAAGAAAAAGCAACGGUGUCUGGAUCUUGAGAAGCUUACCAGCGUGGUCACCCAUGUUGAAGAGGAAAUUGAGCAGCUACGCAAAAAAUAUGAAAGAGCUAUUCAGCAACAAAAUGAGAGCGGUCUUCUACUAAGAAAUCGAGAAGAAGAACUAUGCAUUUUAUAUGAAAAAAUAAACAUGCAAGAAAUGCUGUGUAGAAAUGGAGAUAUUGAGAUGCAAAUUAUGGAUGAAAAGAUCGGUUUUCUGAAGCUGAAGAUAGCUGAGAAAAAAAGACAGAUUAAAUUGUGUUUCAAAGCCCUCCCAGUGAAGAAUGCCCUGGAUGCACAUCUGGUGGUACUUCAGAUACAGUAUUCCAAGUGCAAGGACAGGAUUAAACAGAUGGAGGCAAUCUUUGCUGAUCCCGUGACUGAGACUAGAAAGCGAGACUUGGGAGGGAAGGACCCAUUUCCACCUGAGCUGCUAAAAAAGAUUGAGCAGCUAGAGGUGGAGCUGGUGCAGAAGGAGGAGAAGCUGCUGGAGACAGAUUUUCUCUACAAGCAUGUUUCCCGGCUGACGGACAGAAUCCGGGCCAGGGCAGAGGACGGGAAGCAGGACACGCUGCUGCUAGCGAAAAGGACAAACGAACUGCAGAAGAAGAUAAGGGACAGAACCCAGAAGAUCAUGGCUGUUGUCGCGGAGUUAUCCAUGAAGCAAGCGCUUGCCAUUAAACUCCAGCAGGAAAUGAGAGAAAAAGAACAAUUUUUGAUGACUGUUUCAUCGAGGAUAGAGCAAGGCCUUCCCCCUCCCAAAGAAACAGAAAAUGAGUGGUUGAAAAUAUUAGAUAACGAGAAGAUGCAAAAAGCAGCAGCUGAAGCCAGAGCUAAACGUGCUGCUGAAGAGGAACAAGCCGCAGUGCCCGGCUCUGUCCACACGACAGCCGAACAACGCCCAACCGCCUACGUCCCAGACGAUGAAUACAGUCUCCCAUUGCCACGGCCCUACGGCGCUCUGGCCCCUUUCAAACCAAGUGAACCUGGUUCAAAUAUGAGACAUUUCAGAAAACCUAUUGUAAAGCCAAUUGAAGUCUGAACCUAAUGCAGGAGAGGCCACUACCAGCUGCUGAAUCUCAGGGUCAACAGUGUUUGCACUACAUUGAAGGAACGUUUGUUAGCGUUUAGCCAAAUUCCAUAUUCAAG